AUGUGCGAAGAAGACGUUGCAUUAUCAAUGGAAACGGAAAAAUCAUCCUUCGCUAAGCAAUGUGCAGCUAAUAAGGGAUAUAGCCAAGAUGUGGAAAUUGUUCCAAACCGAGUUUCUUUUGGUCAUUCAAAGGAAAAAUAUCAAGCGCAGUACAGUGGUGUGCGUGAAAAUGAUGUCGUAAAUGAAGAACCCAUUGAUUUGACAACUUUUAGCAACAAACAGACGAGUAGUCAUAUGAAAACUGAGACCCUCCAAUCUCCGGCCUCGUUCUCGGAGUCCAAGCAACUGGAGAUCUUGAAAGCAGCCAAAUCUCUAUUCUCCAAGCGCACCAGAACUUUGUACCAUUGGAUGUAUCCCAACGCGGCGAAGCCCCAGAUCAAGGCAGCCGUAAGCAGCUCUUGGGAAUCCCUCGGCGCGCAGGAAAAGGAUUUUUACAUUUCUCAGGUUCUUGGCAGGUUCGGGUUCCCCCAAAGCAGCCUCAUGGUGAACCCCCAACUUGGAGGCAUCAAAGAGCUACCUCUAAUCGCGGAAACCUCUGAAACCAAAUCCAAGUCCCGCGAGUUGCAGAGCGCGAUAUCCAGCAUAAUGCCGGAGAACCCGAUGCCUCCAGAACUAGGUCCCAACUCCCUUACCUUCGAGGAGUUCGAGGAAAUCAACGAGCUUACGAAGAAGCGCCGAGGAAGACCACCGGGUAGUUCGAACAAAAAGAACAAGUUUAAUUUGAACGGUGGUGCUUUGGCUCAGGAUUUUAAGGACGAUCCGGAGUUGAGUCAGGAGUUGGAGCAGUUCGCCACUAUGUUUAAUUUAAAUAAAAUAUGA